GGAAGCACCAUGGGUUUGUGUACAUCAGCAUCACCACAAACACGUGAGGAAUGUGUUGCACUGUGACGUCAUGACAGCUACAACAUCACUAGGUGACAGGAAAUUUUCAGCUCCAUUAUCAUCUUAUGGGACCACCGUUGUACAUGUAGUUUGUUGUUGACCAAAGCGUCACUUAUGUGACCAGCCGCAAGCAUGAUGAGCACCAAGGCCUUUACGUUGGUCUCUGCCGUUGAGCGGGAGCUGCUGAUGGGCGACAAGGAGCGCGUCAGCAUCGAGUGCGUGGAGUGCUGCGGCAGGAACCUCUACGUGGGCACCAGCGACUGCUUCAUCUGCCACUUCCUGCUGGAGGAGAAGACUCUGCCCGCCGGGACAGCCACAUUCACUGCUACUAAGCAGCUGCACAGACACCUGGGUUUCAAGAAGCCAGUGAGUGAGCUGCGAGCAGCUUCGGCCCUCAACAGACUGCUGGUGCUCUGUGACAACUCCAUAACUCUGGUCAACAUGCUGAGCCUGGAGCCUGUCCCCUCAGGGGCCCGCAUCAAAGGGGCCAUGGCGUUGGCCUUGAAUGAGAACCCCGUGAACGGGGACCCAUUCUGCGUGGAGGUCUGCAUCAUCUCUGUCAAACGCAGAACCAUCCAGGUGUUCAUGGUAUACGAGGACCGGGUUCAGAUUGUCAGGGAAGUGUCCACACCGGAGCAGCCCCUAGCUGUGGCUGUGGAUGGCCACUUCCUGUGCCUGGCCCUGACCACCCAGUACAUCAUCCUGAACUACAACACGGGCGUCUCCCAGGACCUGUUUCCAUACUGCAGCGAGGAGAAGCGCCCCAUCGUCAAGAGGAUCGGGAGACAGGAGUUCCUCCUGGCGGGCCCGGGAGGACUGGGCAUGUUCGCCACAGUUGCUGGGAUUUCUCAGCGAGCCCCUGUGCACUGGUCGGAGAAUGUGAUCGGGGCUGCCAUCUGCUUCCCGUAUGUCAUAGCACUCGAUGACGAAUUCAUCACAGUUCACAGCAUGUUGGAUCAGCAGCAAAAGCAGACUCUGCCCUUUAAAGAAGGCCACAUUCUACAGGAUUUUGAAGGAAGAGUGAUUGUCGCCACAAGUAAAGGAGUUUACAUCUUGGUCCCAUUACCUCUGGAGAAACAAAUACAGGAUCUUCUAGCAAGCCGCAGAGUGGAGGAGGCUUUGGUUUUAGCAAAAGGAGCCCGGAGGAACAUUCCAAAGGAAAAAUUUCAGGUAAUGUACAGAAGGAUUCUGCAGCAGGCGGGUUUUAUACAGUUUGCACAACUUCAGUUCCUGGAAGCUAAAGAGCUCUUCAGAAGCGGCCAGCUUGACGUCCGGGAGCUGAUCUCUCUCUACCCCUUCCUGUUGCCCACCUCCUCUUCAUUCACACGGUCUCACCCUCCUCUUCACGAGUAUGCAGACCUGAACCAGCUGACCCAGGGGGACCAGGAGAAGAUGGCCAAGUGCAAGCGCUUCCUCAUGAGCUACUUGAACGAAGUCCGCAGCACAGAAGUAGCCAACGGCUACAAAGAAGAUAUUGACACAGCCUUGCUGAAGCUGUACGCAGAAGCCGAUCAUGACAGCCUACUGGACCUCCUGGUCACUGAGAACUCCUGUCUCCUGAUAGACAGCGCUGCCUGGCUGGAAAAGCACAAAAAGUACUUUGCACUCGGACUGCUCUAUCAUUAUAAUAACCAGGAUGCGGCUGCAGUGGAGCUGUGGGUGAACAUCGUGAAUGGGGCCAUCCACGACUUGACUCGCGCAGACCUGUACGAGUAUGUCGUUGAUUUCCUUACCUACAGCUCCAACCAAGAACUAGUGUGGAAGUAUGCCGACUGGGUCUUACAGAAGAGUGAGGAGGUUGGAGUUCAAGUUUUCACCAAGAGACCUUUGGACGAACAGCAGAAGAACAGUUUCAAUCCAGAUGACGUUCUCACUUGCCUACAGAAAUACCCUAAGGCCCUUGUUAAAUAUCUGGAACAUCUAGUUACAGACAGGGGGCUGCAGCGGGAAGAGUACCACACGCACUUAGCUGUCCUCUACCUGGAUGAGGUGCUGCAGCACAAGCCCGGCGCCAGCGGCAGGGGUGCAGAGGUGACCGAGACACAGGCGAAGCUACGACGCCUGCUCCAGAAAUCCGAUUUAUACAGAGUCCACUUCCUGAUAGAGAGAGUCCAGCGUGCCGGCCUGCCCAUGGAGAGCGCCAUCCUGCACGGGAAGCUGGAGGAGCACGAGAAGGCCCUGCACAUCCUAGUUCACGAGCUGAAGGACUUCUCGGCGGCUGAGGACUACUGCCUGUGGCGCUCCGAGGGCAGAGACCCGCCCUACCGGCAGCGGCUCUUCCACACGCUUCUUGCCAUUUACCUCAGCCCUGGCCCCUCUGCGCCCGAGCUGGCUGUGGCCGCCGUGGAUCUCCUGAACCACCAUGCGACAGAGUUUGAUGCCACUCAGGUCCUACAGCUGCUGCCGGGCACCUGGUCGGUGCAGCUACUCUGCCCGUUCCUGACGGGGGCCAUGAGGGACAGCAUCCACACCAGGAGGACCACUCAGGUGGCUCUUGGCCUGGCCAAGUCUGAAAACUUAAUCUACAAAUACGAUAAGAUGAAGUUGAAAGGAAGCUCAAUUCGACUCUCAGACAAAAAGCUGUGCCAGGUGUGCCAAAAUCCCUUUUGUGAGCCCGUGUUUGUUAGAUAUCCAAAUGGUGGUCUCGUCCACACUCACUGUGCUACCAGCAGACACACAAACCCCAGCUCCCCCAGCCCUGGCGCUCGGACUUGAAGAGACCACCCAAGGGCACCAGAGGGACCCCGAGUUCUUUACCAAGCCUGCUGGAAGCAAAGAGCAAAAAGCCACUGCACUGUCAGUCAAGAUGAAGGGGUGACAUCUGGGUGCUGGGGAGACUUCAGUCACUGUGAAACGGGAACUCUUCCCUGCUGACCACCCUGCAUUGAAUGUAAAUGGAAAAUCUGAAAAUGGAGUCAUUUACAGUUCGCCCAUCCAGGUACAUAGUCAUCCAAAACAGAAGUCCACUUUGAAAGAAAAAUGAGCCUUCCCUAUGCACUCCAGACAAACUGGACCCCCCUUCCUACUCCCAUGCUCGAUCUUCAGAUACCCAUUCGCACUGGAAACAUUUGCUUCAGGGUGGCACAGAGGUGACACCCUCUCUUGGCCAGAUGAAUAGCCGGGGUGUACAGACCUGUGCAGGUAGGUUUCACCAUCACACGUUUCCUUCCCGUGAGGGUACGUGUUCCAUGGGGUCCUAUCUGUUUCCUGGAUGACCUCGUGGGCUUGCCCUUGGCAAAUGGCUGACCUGAGGAAAGUACUUCUGUUCCUUUCUGCUUCCCAUUUGGCUCUCAACCCUUAAAACAUUCUGCCUUGUUUACCCAAGCACACUACCUUUUGGGUAAAAUCAUGUGCUUCUGGCUGCCUCCAAGUGAAGACCGAUAAGAAACUGAUAAAGUCCAAGAGAGAAGCACCUGCCUCGUCUUGAAAACAAUAGUGGAAACAGAACUCGUGGUGGGUCAGGGCCCAGGCUCCUUCACUGUUGCAUCAUCUCCUGAUCUGAAAUUCCACAAUUACUGUGUGUAACUAAAACUUUUUAUUUGAAGUUAUAUCAUCUUUGUAGUUUUUCUCUGGUUUAGAAAUGCAUUUGUCAUAUUCGUUAGGGAUGUUUUUUCUGGUUAAAAUGUACCUCCUAUUGAAUUCUCGGGAAAUUAAAAGGGAAUUGUUAUGAGCACAAACUGGGCAUAUUUUCAGGAGAGGUGGGUUUUACCCCCACACUCUCAACAAGGCAGGCAGUGGGUGACAGUUGCCUUUGCACGUGGCAGAGACGUCACCUUUCCUGCAGGUAAUGCCACGUCCCCUUAUGAGGAAGUCCAGUCAGGCUGCCUUACCUCCCAGCACUUUACAUGCCUGCUCUGAGGUUUCCUGAACACACAGGAAAAAUGCCCCUCGUUCCUCAGACCAGAAGCUCACUUUGUGUUUUUGUCUGACGUCGCCAAGAGGCCACAGCUGUUGUUCCUCCACUGCCGUCUUUUGAAUUUUUUCAUUUUGAUUGUUGAUUCUGUUAGGCAUUAACAAUAAUGUGUAACACUUGGAAGACAAACACCAGCCUAUACGUGUGAGAAGAGAGAGAGGACCCUGGGAUAUGCAGUCUCCAUCAGCCUAAGUCUCACAGAGAGGGGAUGGAGAGCUUGUUCUCUGUUCUUUAAAAACUGUUUUCUCCACCAACGGUCAGUGUUCCUUUUCCUUUAGUGAUUCUAACCAGGUCAAGAAAGCAACGGCAUCCAUGCAUUCUUUCCUAACUAUGUCUUGAUGAUCUAAAGAAUAAAUGAAGAAGAAAUUCGCCUUGUAAUUCAGCCAUGUGCUGUGUGGAUUGGUACGGGUUCAAAGCCCAGUGAAGAGUUUUACCCUGUGGAUGACUGUUGAGGAAUCGUCACAUUACUGUGCACGUUCUCAUUACAACUUGGGGGCCUGGAUUUACUCCUCAAAGAACAAGUACAUGCAACAUUGCACUUUUAAAAGCACUGUUUUCUGCACUUAAAAUGGGUAAUAUCUUGAAAAAGCCUUGUGAUUGCUCAUUCUUAACUUGGGGGGCACUAGUCCCUUUUUUCUCUGAACAUUGAUCAAUAUUUUGAAAUGUUUGUUACCCUUUAGAAUAAUGGGAAUUAAAGUUUAAUAGUUUCCCGUCUCUACCAAAUCCUCUAAGACAGGCAGAAUUCUAUGACGCUGCAGAAUUAUCCUCCUGUGUUAAAAACCAUACCUUUCUCUAACCUUUCUCAAACUCCCACCAGGUUCUUUUCUUAAAUCAGAUUUUUAAAAAGAAAUACAUGGUUCUUUCUACAGGCCUGCUGUUUUGUGACUGUGCUUUUGAAUAGAGCAAUUAGAACCAUCACUCAGCCCUUUUUCCUCUUGUUAGGUUCCAUGUAACCAUUCUAGUUAAAACAGCAUGAACUGAACUCAUUUGACGUCAAUAUCCUGUGGGCAGUCCCGUUUAAUUUUAUGAGCUGUUUAUUCGCUGUCGCUGAUCAAGUGUUAAUGUGUGAGUGCCGCGGAGGCCAUGCGGCACCAGGCCUGAGGUCAACGCUGAAAAGCCGUGCGGGUGAGCCAGUGUCCCUGCGUGCUUCCGGAGUGCAGGGAGGCUCAGAUGGCCGCGGGGUCACGCCAUCAGACUGACGCCUGUCACACAGCUAGGGCAGCCCUUGCCUCUUGCUUGCUAGCCUAUGGAAACUGUUCCUUGUAACUUUAUCCUUUGCCCCUGGUUGGGUCCCAGAUAUAUAGGAUGUACAAAUGUAAACUUGUUGAUUUUAUUAAAAUUCUUUUAAUUCUUUGUUC